AUGAACACCUCCAAGUUCGCCUCCUCAGACCGCACAGGGCUGCCCACUCUCUACGACGCCCUGGUUACAGCGAAUCGUCCUCUGCAUUACAAGCACAGAGGGGCAAAUUCUCACAUUGAUACCCGAACCGUCUACCCCAACAUACGGAUGACAGUUGUGGACUGGGAUGGCUUCAACAUUGAAUCCCUAAAACAAGCCUACGACGAUAUUCUAUCCUCGAGCCUUGACAUUCAAGUAAGAGACUCGGAUUCGGAAUCCGAUGAAGUCAAUACCCUCAAACAUCUCAAGUCGGCAUGCGAGAAAGACAUUCUCCAGCCUGUAUUCCAGGCAUUGGUAAAGGGUACAAAUGACAUAGCCGGCCGACUUCUCCAAGCGACGCCGAACGUGGAGAUCAUUGUAGAUGAUCGUUUUCCAAGUAACCGGGGUUACGUCUCCGGUCUAUCGCUGAGAAGCAGCGAUAAUGCUUCAAACAGAACAGCUCCAGCGAGAUUGGUUAUGAGUUGCUUCUACUGCGCUAGCGCAUGGCAGUCAGACAGGUUGCGGCAACACAGCCGUGAGGCCUUAAUCCCCCUUCGUCGUUUGGCUCGGUAUUGUCUAGAGUCCAACACACGCUAUGGCUUCAUCUUCACUCAUGAGGAAAUCGUUGUCAUGCGCGUCAGCGCUGUUGAAAGUGUUCGCUCUUGGGCCUCGUGUCAGGUUGAGUGGCAGUCCAUCCCUUUAAGUAGCUCGGGGCCGAAUGUCCUGACUGCGAAGCUCUCGCUGUGGUUCCUCACCAUGAUGAGUUUACACACGGACUAUCGAGCUAUCUGUGCCCCUGAACAACUUCUGCGAGUUGAUCAUUGGUGGCGACACCGGAACUGUAAUCGAAAAGUGGUCUUUCAACAUCACCUCUCCAUGAGAGUGGUAGCUAAAGAACCUGCUGAUGCACAUGUUGAGGACAUCAACUUGAUUCUAUGA